AUGUUAAGGGAACAUCAAAAUGACACAGAAAAAUCAAAUUAUAAAUCUGCAAAAAUGAAUUCAAAUGGAAACAAUAACAAUAUGGAUAGUCAGUUUUAUAAUUAUGUUUACACUGAUAAUUGCAAUAUUACUACAAACGGUUAUUUCACAAACAAUAAUAAAAAUGAGAAUAAGCAUAUGCAUAAAAUUGUAUCUUGCACAUUAUUCCCACCCAUCAAUAAGGAACAGUUUAUUCCAGGAACAAAGCAAUUCAUACCAGUAGUGCAUGAUAAUAUAAAAUAA